AGGCAGCCCCGGCCGCCGGAACCGGUCGGACAGGUAGCGAGCUUGUUGACACCGUUAUGUUGCAGGGCGCAUGCUCACUCCCAAGUUUCCUGGUGCCUUUUCUAUUCCACCUUAUGAAACUUUUUCCUCGGCGUGGUCUCAUCCGCGAUUUAAGGCAUAGGUGUCGCCGAGCCUGGAGGCUGGGAGUCGCCGGGCGUGCGGGGGAGAGGCCUGGGCCGCGCCGCGGCGGGGGGCGGAGGAAGAGGGCAGGCUAGGCGGGAAGGUGGGCUCUGGCCGCGGGGAGCCGGGGACCGAGUCCCUGCCGCAGCUUCUAGCGGGGAGCAGCCGGGAGGAAGGGGCCGCCGGCCGGGGAGGGGGCGCCACACCAUGCCCAAAGUCUUCCUGGUGAAGAGGAGGAGCCCCGGGGUCUCCGUCCGCAGCUGGGAUGAGCUCCCGGAUGAGGAAAGGGCAGACACCUACAUCCCAGUGGGCCUGGGCCGUCUGCUCCACGACCCCCCCGAGGACUGCCGCAGCGACGGCGGCAGCAGCAGCAGCGGCGGCAGCAGCAGCGCGGGGGAGCCUGGAGGCGCCGAGAGCAGCUCGUCCCCGCGCGCCCCCGAGCGCGAAAUCCCCGAGCCCGGCGACGCCGAGGGCCCGGGCGGACACCUGGCGGCGAUGCAGCGCCCGGUCGCCAGGUCGAAAAUCAAGUUCACCACAGGCACGUGCAGCGACCCCGCGGCCCACAGCUGUGAGCUGUGCGGCAAGGCCUUCCGCCUGCAGCGCAUGCUCAACCGCCACCUCAAGUGCCACAACCAGGUGAAGAGGCACCUGUGCACCUUCUGUGGCAAGGGCUUCAAUGACACCUUCGACCUGAAGAGGCACGUCCGCACGCAUACAGGCAUUCGCCCCUAUAAAUGUGACAUCUGCAACAAAGCCUUCACCCAGCGCUGCUCCUUGGAGUCCCACCUGAAGAAGAUCCACGGGGUGCAGCAGCAGUACGCCUACAAGCAACGCCGGGACAAGCUCUAUGUCUGCGAGGAUUGUGGCUACACGGGUCCCACCCAGGAGGACCUGUACCUGCACGUGAACAGUGCCCACCCGGGCAGCGCCUUUCUCAAAAAGACAUCCAAAAAACUAGCGGCUCUUUUGCAAACCAAGCUGAUGUCCACGUGCCCGGGGAAUGCCAACCUGAGUGAGGAGGAGGAGAAGUGAGGGGGGGCAGGCAGCCAGAGCCGCCGCGUUUACAGGGAUUUGGGGUUUUGAAGGUCCCCUGCCCCACUUGGGUUCAGUUCAUCCCUCUGCCCUUCUGGGGCCUGAGCAGGGAAAUCUGUUCUAAGGGUUGUUGAUGAUAAUAGUGGUGUCUG